AAAAAAAGUGGACUCGAAGAAGGGAAGGGGCCCCACGCUGCGCACCGGCAAGUUUACUAUGGCGAUGAGCAGCGGCGGCAGUGGUGGCGGCGUCCCGGAGCAGGAGGAUUCCGUGCUGUUCCGGCGCGGCACAGGCCAGAGUGAUGAUUCUGACAUUUGGGAUGAUACAGCAUUGAUAAAAGCAUAUGAUAAAGCUGUGGCUUCAUUUAAGCAUGCUCUAAAGAAUGGUGACAUUUGUGAAACUUCAGGUAAACCAAAAACCACACCUAAAAGAAAACCUGCUAAGAAUAAAAGCCAAAAGAAGAAUACUGCAGCUCCCUUAAAACAGCCAGGUCUAAAAUUCAAUGGCCCACCACCGCCGCCGCCACCACCACCACCCCACUUACUAUCAUGCUGGAUGCCUCCAUUUCCUUCUGGACCACCAAUAAUUCCCCCACCACCUCCCAUAUGUCCAGAUUCUCUUGAUGAUGCUGAUGCUUUGGGAAGUAUGUUAAUUUCAUGGUAUAUGAGUGGCUAUCACACUGGCUAUUAUAUGGGUUUCAGACAAAAUCAGAAAGAAGGAAGGUGCUCACAUUCCUUAAAUUAAGGAGAAAUGCUGGCAUAGAGCAGCACUAAAUGAUACCACUAAAGAAACAAUCAGACAGAUCUGGAAUGUGAAGCGUUAUAGAAGAUAACUGGCCUCAUUUCUUCAAAAUACCAGUGUUGGGAAAGAAAAAAGGAAGUGGAGUGGGUAACUCUUCUAGAUUAAAAGUUAUGUAAUAACCAAAUGCAAUGUGAAAUAUUUUAUUGGGCCCUAUUUUGAAAAACCAUCUGUAAAAGACUGGGGUGGGGGUGGGAGGCCAGCACGGUGGUGAGGCAGUUGAGAAAAUUGGAAUGUGGAUUAGAUUUUGAAUGAUACUGGAUAAUUAUUGGUAAUUUUAUGAGCUGUGAGAAGGGUGUUGUAGUUUAUAAAAGACUGUCUUAAUUUGCAUACUUAAGCAUUUAGGAAUGAAGUGUUAGAAUGUCUUAAAAUGUUUAAAAUGGUUUAACAAAAUGUGAUGUGAUGCAUAUGUGGCAAAAUGUUACAGAAUCUAACUGGUGGACAUGGCUGUUCAUUGUACUGUUUUUUUCUAUCUUCUGUAUGUUUAAAAGGAUAUAAUAAAAAUAUUUAAUUUUUUUAAAAUUAAA